AAACAGGUGGCCCUCUCACUCCAACAGGAAAGUAGGAAGGGUGGGAGUGGGGGGGGGUAAGGGUAGAAAUUGUCCUUUUGCAAGACAGGCCUAGAAGAAAAUGAGAACACAGUAAGUGGGAGGCUGGCUGAGAUGAGAGCUCGACACAUCAUUCAAUUGUAUAAGAGGCACAAGCCAUCCUAAAUGCACAAAUAGACACAUUGGAGUGGACAGACUUUCUAACGCCGAAAGGGUUCCCUGGCCUCCUGGAAGCCACUCCUUGUGCUGGAGGAGGAGAGGGGGAUGAGCUCAGGUGAAACCCCCAGAAUUGCCCAGACCAUGGAGGAGGCAGAAGCUGGGAGCAGACGCCAACCUGGAGGCUCCUUCACAAUUGAUUAUCUGCUCUUCGCUAAGGGGAAGCCAGCCAGUGGGGAGCGGGAGCCCAGGAGCUGCCGGCCACAGGACACCCCUAGCUCCUCUGAAAGGAAAUCAGUGGAGGAGGUGAUUCGGGGGAACCCGCCGGUCCCAGAGUCUCUGGAUCCGCUGGACAAACCCAACCAGUCUUACAUCGCCCUCAUUUCCACAGCCAUCCUUUCCUCCCCGGGAAAGAAGCUGCUGCUCUCUGAUAUUUACCAGUGGAUCAUGGAUAACUACCCUUACUUCAAAAAUAAGGAGAAGAGCUGGCGCAACAGCGUCAGGCAUAACUUGUCCCUGAACGAAUGUUUCAUCAAGGCCGGGCGAAGCGACAACGGCAAAGGGCACUUCUGGGCCAUCCACCCAGCCAACCUGGAGGACUUCUCCAAGGGCGACUACCACCGGCGCCGAGCCCGGAGGCGCAUCCGCAGGAUGGCGGUGAACCUGAGCUAUUGCCACCCGUACGCCUUCUACGGAUUGAGCUGCUGCCCGGGACGUCACUGCCUCUGCUGCCCUCCCUACGCGCACCCUACUGGCCCCAGCCCUUCUGCACAUUGCCAGCCUGGAUUCCCCCUUCUCCCUCUCUACCCGCCCGCCUCCCAGCGUCACCCCUACCUUCCCACGGGUGCCCACAAAGGCCUGCAGGAGAAGCCGCUCAGCUGGCCUUGGCACAGACCCCACUUCCAUCACCCCCUGCAGGCUCAUCCGUACCUGUAGCCUCCACUUCUCCAGCCUCCGGGGAGCCUUAGGCCCCCAGGGAUCAUCCCAGCAAGGAGAUCUUUGGGAGCUUUUCCUGGUCUGGGGCAUGGCUUUGGAGCAGCCCCUGAGCUGCCUUUGGGGCCCUGUGGCCUGGCCAUCUUCCCCCUUUUGAAGAGGGCGGAGGUGGGGAAGUGACCCGGGACUCUUGCCACUCCAGCCCCCGAGUAGCCCCUGCUCCAUCUGCCUCCCUAUGUACAGCUGUGGAACUGUCCAUGCUCAUGGCCAUACUUGCUCAGCGUCUUUAGCGUUUGAAUGCUGACUGGCUGCCCUUCCUCACUGCUUGGGGCUGCUACUUUCUGUGUCUCCCCGUGGUUUUGAUUUCAAAAGACAAGAGGCCUACGCAAGACUGAAGUGGCCCUAAAGCUCCGUAGCACCCCACUGCUGUUAAACCAUCAAGCAGGCAGGAACCAACCUGCCAGCCACCUACAGGACAUCUGUCCACCUCUGUAUUGCUCCAGGGGCAUGCAUGCAAUCCUCUCCAGCCCUCCCCUCCUCUCCCCCCGUCCGCUAGGUCUUCUGCAAUGCGCCCAGAAGCUCUGCCAGUUCUGGUCUGCGAGCUCCUCAGACUUGGCCACUCCUGCUCUGGGGGCCCAGGCCAUCGGUAAAGGGAUGCACAGAGCCUUUCGCAUGUAGCUCCUGAGCUUAAAUGUGGCUCAGCUCAGCAGCUGAGGGUUCGUGGGUGACUGUAAAGUACAGUACUGGUGGGAGGAGAUUGGUCCCAGCUGCUCACUGGGCUGGGCAUUAACGUGAUGAUAACCAGUUGUCUGCAUCCCACACCACUCUUGUGGGCAACCUCUGGAAACAGGCAAGACUGAAUAGGUCGCAGAGUCUCCAUUCUCCUGCAGGGCUGGGGCCAGCUGCAGGGCAGUCACAUACCAGGAUUAGCACCGUGUUGAUGCUGAAGAUAAAGACAAUGUAACCUGCAUCCCUUCAGUGUGGUGCUCUGUGCCCCGCUAGGGAUGCCUGGCUCAGAUAGAUAUUGAUGACCCAUCUGCAGCCAUGGUGAACGGACAUGGGUGCAUCAGAGGGGGGUGUGUGAAGAGCCGGAGGUCCCGCAUUCAAACCGCUAAUGACCCUCCCUGGGCCAUGGCCUGAUGUUCACAAGCAAAACCAUUUUCCAGUUGGGCAACUGAUCCGCUCAACGUUGCCUUGUAGGCUAAGCCCAGGGUUAGCCUGGCCCACACUCCCCUAUUUAGGGCUGGGACGGAAUUUGCACCCCAGCCGGUGCAAACCCAGUCUGCCGGUGGAGCCAGAAGGUAUUUACAGAGAGAAGAAGGCAGGGUUCCAAUAUACAGAAGUGUAUUCGUGCGACUGAGGGAACAUGGGAUGGAAGCACAGCUACCCUUGAUGUGCAAAGAACUUCACAUAGGAAGGAAAAAUCCAAUGCACAGCUACAAGCUGGGGAAUAACUGGCUAGGUGGCCAUGCUGCUGAAAAGGUUACAGUGGAUCACAACUUGAACGUGAGUCACCAAUGUGAUGACAGCUGCGAAAAAGGCCAGUAUCAACCUGGGAUGGAUUAACGGGAGUGUUAUGGUGACGUGGGCGGUAAUUGUCCUGCUCUCCUCGGCACCGGUGAGGAGCAUGGUGUCCAGUUCUGGGCACCACCCUGUAAUAAAGAUGUGAACGAAGUGGAGAGAGGCUGGUGGAGUGUGAGAAAAGCGAGGGAAGGUUUAGAAAACCUGAUUGCUGAGGAAAGGUUAAAAAAAUGGCCAUGUUUAGUCUUGAGAAAAGAUGAUGGGGGGUGGGGGGAGACCUACUAAGUCUUCAAAUCUGUCCAGGGAUGUUAUAAAGAGGACAGUGUUUUAAGGGUUUUAAGAACAGGUUGGACAAAUCCCUGUCAGGGAUGGUCUAGGUUGACUUGGUCCUGCCUCGGUGCAAGGGGCUGGAGUUGAUGACCUCUCGGGAUCCCUUUGCUCCUCCAUUUCUCUGAUUCUUCCCAUGCCACUUACAACCAAGCUGGGCCCAGCACUCGUUAACGGGCUGCAGAGAACAAUCAUCAGUGGGCAAGCGGGGACCUAGCAGGCUCUUAAUUCCCAUGAGACUUUGAUGUGGCAUUUUGGUUUGAACCAGGUAGUAACGUUCUACUUCUGCCUUGCGUUUUGUCUUGGUGUGUUGGGGUGACCCCUUCCCUGCAGCCACCCAGCCAGCGACCCCCAGCCUCCUCUUGUGUUAAUGACUUCAACCCUGGCUGGCUUGUGAAGUCCAUCGGGUGGGUUUCUUUGAGGGGUAAGGUCUUGUGCAGCACAAACACUUUGCAGACGUAGCUGGAGUGAAAUCGAGCGACCCCCCCCCCCCCCGAGCAUGGAAAUACACCGCCACACUGCCUCGUAUUAAAGCG